GAUACAUACUAUAUUGCGAUGGGAAGCUGAUUUCAUGAAGUUGACAGACAAGACACUCGCGCUCCUCGUCGAGGGAGACCCGGCCGAGGUCGAGGUGCUGCAUUUUGUCAGAUCGCCCCCCAUCAGCCAGCUGGGCCACAGCAGUUUGCAUCGGUGUCGUCGCCUGGUCUCCCUGAGCCUCGCGCGACUCGGUCUGCGGACGAUCGACGGCGACGCGCUGGCGGCCUGCGCAACGCUCUGGUGGAUCGAUCUGAGCCGCAAUCGCCUCGAGACGCUCGCCGGAUCGGGCCUCGACGCGUUCGCCGCGCUCGGACUCUUGGACGUGUCGGGCAACGCAGUGGCCAUCGACGCCAUCGCGUCCAUUGGCGAGGUAGAGGUCGUACGCCUCCACCUCGCGGGCAACCCGGGCGCGGCCGACCGGGCGGCCGCGCUCGCCGCGGCGCCGGCCGCGUGGGUUCUCGACGGUCGUCUCGUGACGGCCGACGAGCGCAACACUGCUGAACUUGCGCGCGCGGAGAGUUCCACACCGACGGGAGAGCCACCGCCGCUCGCGCGCCUAGGCGGAGAAGACUGGAUCGCCGGCGCCGCGGCGCCAGCGCGCCUUGCCCACCACCGUCUGGUCGCCGCAGAGCAGCCGACGGCGCCGGCGCGGAGAGACGUGUAUCGCGCCAAGCACGCGCUGGCGGAUUACGAGUGCGAAGUGGCCCUACGCGCCGCCUGGGCUCGGACGCGUCCCGCGGCGACGCGGCCGCCGCUGCCGCCGCCGACGCGGCGAGACCGACUGAACGCCCUCGACGGCGCGCGGCGCGUCGACGCGGCGUGUUUACUCUGGGCCUCGGUGGCGACCAAAGGCGUGGAGAGGCGUAUUCUCGUCGACGCGCUCGGCACGCUCGUGGGUUCGGCCGCCGCCCAGGACGUCGCAAACCUCGCUCCGUUUGUGCGACAGGGUCUUUACGCCGGCCUGCGCGACGCCGCGCUGCGCGAUGAAGCCGAGAACCAGUCCCUCGACGACCGUCGCGUGCUCGCUGCUCUGCCGCCGGUCCCCGCUGCGGAGGCGCCGGAUGGGCUAGAAGCGCUCAAACCAGCCGCCGCGCGGGCCGCUCGCCUGCUGGCCGAAGCCGACGGACGACCAAAAUCGCGGAGCACCCACGCGCGGGCCAACGCUGACGGCGGUCUCGCGACGCUGCGGAGCUGGGGCGGGCAAGAGGUUCUCACGCUGGCACCAGACGAAGCGCCCGCGGCGCUGCGCGACGAGGCGCCGCAAAAGGCCGACGACCUCGCCAAGUUGCGUCAACCGCGACCGGGCGAAGGCGUCGAGGUCUUCGAUAGCGCCUUCACCGUCGUGGUAGAUGCCGCGCCGCACGUUGUCCGGCUCAAGCCGUUCGCCGGUAUCAACGGCGACCCAUACUUUGGCCAUGCAGCUGUGGAUCGCAAAUCGCUUUGGUGGGACCCUCGCGGCUGGUGGCGCCACGUGCACGCGGCGAAGCAACAAACGCUCCUCUUCCGCGCGGAGCAACGGGCGCGGCUCCAUCGCGUGAACGACAGCGCGCACAGGAGCGGACAUCCCUGCGGCCUCGGCCUCGUUAACGCAGCCGUACCUGUCCCGGCGGAAACCUGUGAUAAAAGACUCGCUCGGCCCGUCGCGCUGUUCUCGGCUGACGCGGCGCCCGUCGCCGCCUUCGUCGUCGCACCGCCCGCGGCCGUCGUCGCGCAAAACGCCUACGCUCCUCCGGAGGUGGCGUGGUCUCGACUGGAGGACGCGCCCCGUGUCGUGCUCCGCGGCACCGGCAACGACGAGGCGCCGCGAAUGCACCACCGGUCCCGAGCUCGGCCGAACAAGCCAACCGCAGGAUCAGCGCCUUCCACGACCGUCUCGCCGGAAGAUGCGUCGGCGUUGGAACGCGAAAUGGGUCAUUUGCGGGCCGCAAACAGGUUAUUUCGAAAAAAGUGGUGCGCUGUCCAGGAACGGGCGCUCCGACUCCGGCGUUCGGCGCCUUCCGACGUCGUCGAAUCCACGCCGCCGGCUGAAUCGUCCGUCUUUGCCCUCACGGCGCUCGACCGGAGUCCCGGAAAGGUCGAGGCCCGGAUGGUAGGCGCCUCGCUCGAUGCCAACGCCGCAUCGGGCAAGCGACUUGUUGCCGCCGCACCCGUGCUCCGUCGAAAGAGCCAGCCGUGGAGCGCGUUGGCCAACGGUGGCAAGCUUCAGCUCGCCGUCGCCGCGCCUAGCUCCCCGCAGUUCUUCUCGAGAACCCCUUCGCGCGGGUCCGCCGUCGCGUCCACCCGUGUCGACGGCGUCGUAUCGGCCGGGUCUGCACGCUUGGGACCACCUGCGCGCGACACGCGGUACGCGAGCAGCGAGAUUGACGCGUCGCACGCGCUGCCGUCGCGGCCCGCGCGGAAAGCGAUGCCCAAGUGCGCUCGAUGGCCGGACUCGGACUAUUCACUUAUCGACCGCUUCAAGCAGGAGUGCUUGAGCAAGGAGCUUGGUCUUACCGCCGGUGACCAGAGCACGCUGCGGAUCACCCGACCGACUCGCAGGCCCGAGACUACUUCAGUACCAUAGUACUACUUGUAAUACUGAUAAUUAGGAAACACAAAGCCCCUAAGAUCCUUCUCCC